CUAGACAGCAGAGGUUGCUGCAUGCUGUACAACUCUCAAGUUCGAUCCUUGAUGGAAUAUUCCCCUCUGGUAUGGUCGUCCUGCCCCCCGUCCUUCCUUACCCUACUCGACAGAGUACAGAACCAAGCCCGCCGCCUUGUGGAAUUCAAGAUGAGGGAAAAUGAUCGCCCGGUCUAUUUCCAGUCUCUCCAGCACCGCAGGGACGUGGCGGCGUUGUGUGUGUUCUACAAGGUCCACCAGGAGAAUAACCCUCACCUCGCCACGCUACGACUUCAGCCCGAGGUUCCCUCAACCUACAACACAAGGAACAGCCACAGCCGAAGUCACGAACUUCACGUUCCCUUCGCGAGAACAGAGACCUUUCUACGCACAUUUCUGCCGAAGUACUCCAGAAUGUGGAAUCAGCUGGUGCGAGAGACGGAUUUGCAGCUUUCAACCUCACUCCAACAGUUCAAAGACAGCAGUACACCUGUGGAAGCUGCACCUCCAGGUCCAUGUCAGAGCGCAUUAGGUCAGUUCCUCUCGUAUGCAAAUCCGUGUAGAUCUGAGGGUACAAUAACGGAGUACGAACGGCCUGGAUCCUUUGUACAGCCUCUCACCCGACCCUCCUCGUGCACCCAGUACCUUUGGAAUUAA